GUUGGAACCUUAUCUUAUAUUAUAUACCACAAACAAAAAAUAUCUUUAAGAAAUAAAAAAGAGUAUUGUCAAGUUAUUUUUCCAUAACUAACAAGUAAAAGUCACUGAUCAUUCUUCAUGGCAGAAUCAAGUUAUGCAACUAUGGCUAAUGAUCCAGUUGCUAUAAUUGGAUCCGAAUAUUGCACGCCGAACCAGGUUGAUGUUGUUAUAUCUAGGAAGGUGAAGACAUUUAGAUAUGGAGAUUUUGUUGUUUCAGAUAUGAAUGGAAACUUCAUGUUCAAAGUUAAAGGCACAACUUUUGGAUGGCAUGAUAAGAGAGUUAUUCUUGAUGCUGCUGAUAAUCCCCUCAUCACUCUCAAACAAAAGAUAUUGACUGAGCAUUCGAGAUGGAAUGCAUUUAAAGGAGAAAGCACAGAUGAGAAACACUUAUUAUUUACUAUAAAGACAACAUCCAUAUUUCAAUGGAAGACUAAAUUGGCUAUUUUCUUAGCAAAUAACAAUUCUAAGGAAAAGAAUUGUGAUUAUUUGAUUAAGGGAAAUUGGUCCGAUAGAUCAUGUGUAAUAUACGCCGGAGAUUCUUCUACCAUAGUUGCUCAGAUGCAUAAGAAAAUUACUGUCAAGAGUUUAUUAAUUGGAAAAGACAAUUUUAUGGUGACAAUGUAUCCAAACAUUGAUCAAGCCUUCAUCGUCUCAUUAAUAGUAAUCCUUGAUGCUAUCAAUGCAGUCAACGAUGCUGCUGUUACCGGUGCAACUGCCGGUGUAGGUGCCGGUUGCUAGCAACUUUAAAGUAUCUAUUUCGCGAAAAAAAAUAUUUUAUCUGUCCUGAUUUAUGUGGUCAAAUGAAAAUUUUAAAAUUAAAUUAUCUAUAAAUAUACUACGAUGAUUUUUCUUGACACUCUCUUUGGAUCAUUGUUAUCCAUUAUUUCAUAAUGUACUGUAUUGUACUCUAUUUGUAUUCUAUUGUACAAUACUAUGUGAUAGAUACAAUGUUUGGUUAGACUGUACUGUUUGUUGUUGUUCAAUAAAUUUUUUAUUGUUUGGUUUGA